AUGCCGGCUAGAAUUAGCCUCGAUGUCGAUCCACCUGGUAAUGGGCAGUAUUUUACGUCCAAGGAGGUUCUAAAGGGCCGCGUAAUUGUCAAUCUUGAGAAAUCAACGACAAUCAAGAAGAUUAGUGUCAAGUUCUUUGGUGCUUCUGAGGUUACAGUGAGAAGCGAUGAUCAUAACAUGGAUGGCACCAGGAGAAACAUUCAGAGCCCUCCGUCUAUAGGAAGGUCUUUCCACGAGAUCGUGUCUCAAGAAUUACAAGUUUUCCCUCCGUCAAAUGUAGUGCAAGCAAUGAAUGGCAGCGAACGGGCCUUUAAAGUUGAAGAAGGCGAACAUGACUACAGGUUUGAAUUUAAAGUGCCAAAACGAGCCAAAUGUUGGAGACGACAUCGCAAGAAUUCGAACAAUAUCUUCAGGGGGGCAAUCUCGAAUGGAAUACCGCCAAGCUUCAACGAUCGACUUCGCAAAAACCAAAUUUCCGACGUGGGCACGUAUCUAUACUCAUUAGGCAGAGUUGAAUACCGACUGGAAGCGGCUUUGUACUACGGGAGAAGUUUGAUGUGGCCCAAACCUUUCAAAAGCGCCGAUGUUGCUGAAAAGAGAAUCGAACUCAUACCAGGAGAUAGUGCGUCACGCCUAGUUGGGGAGAGUUUGACACCAGCUGUAACUCCUGCUACAAUUUUAGAUUCCAAAUACGUUUUCACGCUCGAAGAUGGAACAGAGGCUUGGACAGAAGUUCAUGCAGACCGUUUGAAGUCGGUCUAUCGCUUGGACCUCCUUUUUCAACAAGGUUGCGGCAAAUUCGAUAAGAUCUACGUCGCUUUCUCGAACCUUGAGACUCGAGAUACGUUGCAACUGCGGCUGGUCCGCCUUCAACUUAACUUGCUCGAGUUCGUAACCUACUUAGCCGGUGAAAUUGGCAACAGAAACCUAUCCUCACUGUGUCUUCUCAAUAUUGCGACAGACCUAUCUAUCGAUCCCAAGACAUUGCGUCAGAGACCUGAUGACGACGUAUUGGAGGCUCCUUUGAAUCUCUUGGGCGUCGAAGCUCUUCAGCAGUUCAGGUUCAACGAGCAGGACUACAAGCACAAGGGAAACAGGCUUUUCAGCUUCACAUCAUGUAAUAUCAGACGCGAAUACAGAUUCCAGCUCUUUUUGGAUUUCAAAGACGAGAAUCAAAACGUCUUCCAGACGGAGACUCAAACCAACAUUGUUAACAUAUUCUGUGAGUCCAUUACCGUCCAGGAAAACCCACCACCUUACUGCAUUGACAAAAGCACCGAUACUUUGCCCGUGUAUGUAACUUGA